AUGGCCGCUCAGCCCUCCGCGUCAAUGUCUUCGGCGCCGGCCACGGGCUUGGCUGCCACUGGCGCAGAUAAGGAUAUGUCCUCCUCGAACUCCCCUAGUAAUAUGCCGGUGCGCACGAAGGAGUCCUUCGAUAAACUCAUGGUCGAGCGGUACAUCACCCGCGAUGCCAUCGCCGCCGCGGCGCUCGGCGGUCAGCUCGACCAGACACGCAGGAUAAUGAGCGAUACGCGCGACAAGAUCCAAGAAUACCGCCAGGUCCGCACCGAGUACCGUCAAUGGUUCCCCCCGUCGAGGCUCUACGGCGAGGGCUACAAUGGCUUCGCAAAUGGAUACACAGAGAACCAAGGACCCUCACGAAUCAUCUAUCCCUCCCAGAAGCCCCGACCUGGCCAACGAACGACGCCACCCCUCAAGUACAAGCGCAAGGAUAUGCUGAAGCAGGCCGAGCAGCACGAGGAGCUGGUCCCGUUGCGCCUAGAGGUCGAGUGGGACAAGAUCAAGCUGCGCGAUACUUUUACCUGGAAUUUGCACGAGAGGCUUCUCCAGGUCGAAUUGUUUGCCGCGCAACUUGUCGAAGAUAUGGGCCUAAAGCCCCCCGCGUCUCAGCCGGUGUAUGAGCAGGUUGUUCAUCAAAUGCGAGAGCAGCUCAACGACUUUUACCCGCUGGUAUAUUCAGAAGAUGAUGCGCUUGACCCCGAGCUCCCCUAUUCAGCAUACAAAAACGACGAGAUGCGAAUCCUCGUCAAGCUGAAUAUCACGAUUGGCCAGCAUACCCUUGUUGACCAGUUCGAAUGGGAAAUCAAUAACCCGUCAAACUCGCCAGAGGACUUUGCUGCCAACAUGGCUCGGGAUCUGUCCCUAUCUGGCGAAUUUACAACCGCCAUCGCGCACUGUAUUCGAGAGCAGACACAGCUCUUUACCAGGAGUCUAUACAGCGUCGGCCAUCCUUUCGAUGGUCGGCCAGUCGAAGACCCUGAUCUCGUCGGUGCAUUUCUCCAGACGCCUCUGCCCACGGUCUUCCGACCGCAGCAGCAGGCCAAGGAAUACGCACCGUAUCUCUACGAACUCAGCGAAGCAGAUCUGGAGCGGAACGAGACGAUAUUCUCUCGUGAGCAGCGUCGUCAGAAGCGAUCGAUCAACAGAAGAGGAGGUCCCCAGCUGCCCGAUCUUAGAGAGCGGCAAAGAACCAUUCGAACUUUGGUCGUCUCUUCUGUUUUGCCUGGGGCUGCAGCUACCAUCGACGAGAGUAGACUCUACAAACGGGCUGCUGGCCCCAGGGCGAAGCGCGUUGUACGUGAUGGAGAGAUCUCUGAUUCAGAUGAUAGCGACGAUUCAGCUCCUGAUUCACCCGCCCCCUCCCAAAUCACAGGUGGUACUGCUCGAACACGAGGUAUGCGCGGUGCUGCAUCUGCAGCUCAGCAAAGAAUGGCCAACCUCGGCCGGUCUGAAACCCCUGAAUCGAGUGCCAUUACACAUCACCACGAGACUAGGACCUCCCGCCGGUUCAGAGAGGAAACAGAGGAGCCUCUGCAGUUGAUCGUGACACUCAAGCUGUCCCGCGACAAGCUGAGGCGGUUGAUGAACCGCGACUACUCAGACUUGAGGCCGCCGUCUCAGACACCAGUGUCCUUCCCACGAGCACCAAGCGCCUCCACUCCCUCAAGAUCCAUGCCACCGCCACCCUCGACCCCGUCCAGCGCUAUGCCUCACGCUUCAGCAACUCCAUCCUCGUCCCUUCCGCCAGGCCAACUUGGCCGGCUACCGGCCCCUCCGACAGUUCCUGGACAGUCUUCUCACAUGCCAUCACCCCCGGCCCCGGAAUGGCUUGUCAAUGCCCUCAAGGAUUUAGAGAAGACCUAUAACCGUGGCGACAGGUUCGAGGCCACGAUGAAGUACUCCUUUCUGCACCCCGUGACAGAGCUACCUAUCCAAGGCCAGCCUCUGCCCGAAGGUGUUAAAUAUGCCUGGCUGCCGCGUAUCCGCUGCCUGGACUGUACAACCAAGCUCUAUACACCUGGCCCAGAUAUGACGGUUAAGAAGUUUGAGACCCAUCUCGAUUUCUCAGGGCACAAGAAUGCUGUUGCUAAGCGCGUGGCGAGGGAGGCCAAUCCUUGA